AUGGCCAUGAGUGUUUGCUGGCUGGCUCGAGGCGCGGAGAGAUCACCAUGCGCGGCUAGCGAUGAGAGAACCUGUGGCGGAAUCCAGAAUCCCCUCGAAGCGCUCCAAAUCCUUGCACAAGCAGCCUCCAACGAAAAUUGCCCACGAGGACAUACCGCAAUAUCCCAGAUAGAACCAGCGAGAUCUGAAAGUACCAGUGCCAUACCCACGAAUGGGGAUGAUCAAGCAGGACUGGAAUCAUAUGGGCCUGUUGCAGACGGAAUUCUAGACCCGCGACUGCUAGAUCACCUCCUUCAAGAUUACGCGGAACGAUAUCACCCCUUUAUGCCAAUCGUCCCGGAUCAUAUUCUCUUAGCGACGAGUGUCCACAAAACGGCUGUGGAAGAGCCAUUUCUUCUGACAGCUGUCCUAACCAUUUCAACAAAGGACAGACAAGAUCUGGAGGAUUUACACAGAGGUAUAUGGUCACAUAUGCAAGGUUUGAUAUUGAGCGUUGUAUUGGGUACCUCUGGGACUCGCCAUGUUGAAACCGUGGAAGGCCUGCUGCUCCUUGCAGAAUGGGUUCCUCACAUUAACACUCACCUCUCGAGCAAGACCCAAUCGAGUGAUGACAAUGAAGAUACCGCAGCAUGGACUCUUGUUGGCUUAGCUGUGCGACAGGGGUACCUACUCCACCUCGAUAACUACUCCUUCCGAAAGGAAGCUAAGGGAGACAUAAAAGCCGUAUCGGAUCGGAAGAGAUUGGCAUGGACAUUUACUUAUCUCUCAGAUCGUCAAAUAUCCAUCCGCAUGGGCCAAGCCUUUUGGUGUCGCGGGCCGGGGCUCUCUACACGAUUUACUGCGGAUGACUAUCCCACGCUGCAGCCAAAACAUGCAUAUGAAGAUGACUAUGCAGCCAUCUUGCAAGCACAAGUCGAGCUCACCACGCUGUUCGGAAAUGUCCAUGAUAUCCUGUACGCCUCGAAGAGCCGCACGGUCCAAUUGAUGCUCAUGGGCGAUUACACCAAAUACUUGGAUGAUAGUGCCAAGGCACUGACAGCUUGGGAGGAUAUAUGGAGCAGCCUGAAUGUUGCCGCGUACUUAAAAUGUCUUCUCAGUCUACAAUACGAGUAUCUGCGGUUAUAUGUGAACGCAUUCGCUUUUCAGGCUGUUAUCUGCAGAGCGACCGACAGACCAUCAAAUCCUCAUCCUAGCCCAACAAAGACGCCAUACUUUCCAAAUGGUGUCAUGGCUAGCGCCGAUGGACGGCACAUAUACUUGGCCAUUGACGCGGCGAGCAAUCUUCUUAAAAUCAUCAAUGAGCGUAUGGACCCAGUUCGACAUCUUCGCUACCUUCCCGUUCGUUUCUAUUUGUGA